CAGCGGCAGUGAGGCUGUCAUGGCGUCGCCCUUCAGUGGAGCACUGCAGCUGACCGACUUGGAUGACUUCAUCGGGCCGUCUCAGAAUUGCAUCAAGCCUGUGAAGGUGGAUAAGAAGCCUGGAAGUGGCAUAGCCAAGAUCCACAUUGAAGAUGAUGGCAGUUACUUCCAAGUGAACCCAGAUGGAAGAACCCAGAAACUGGAGAAGGCCAAGGUCUCCCUGAAUGACUGCCUGGCAUGCAGCGGCUGUGUCACUUCAGCAGAGACGGUGCUCAUCACCCAGCAGAGUCACGAGGAACUGCGGAAGGUCCUAGAUGCUAAUAAGGUGGCAGCACCCAGUCAGCAGCGGCUGGUGGUCGUUUCUGUGUCACCGCAGUCCAGAGCAUCACUGGCUGCCAGGUUUCAGCUGGACUGCACAGCCACUGCCAGGAAGUUAACUUCCUUCUUCAAAAAAAUGGGGGUGCACUUUGUCUUUGAUACUGCCUUCUCAAGAAACUUCAGCCUUUUGGAGAGCCAAAAAGAGUUUGUGCAGCGAUUCCGAGAACAAGCCAACUCCAGAGAGGCCUUGCCUGUGCUGGCUUCCGCCUGCCCGGGCUGGAUCUGCUAUGCUGAGAAGACACAUGGCAACUUCAUCCUCCCCUACAUCAGUACAGCUCGGUCCCCACAGCAGGUUAUGGGCUCCCUGGUCAAAGACUUCUUUGCACAGCAACAGCUUCUGACUCCUGACAAGAUCUACCAUGUAACAGUGAUGCCCUGCUAUGACAAAAAGCUAGAAGCAUCCAGACCUGACUUCUUCAACCAGGAAUACCAGACCCGUGACGUGGACUGUGUCCUUACAACAGGAGAAGUCUUCAGGCUGCUGGAGGAAGAAGGAGUCUCCCUCUGUGAGCUGGAGCCUGUGCCCUUGGAUGGCUUAACCAGUAGUGUGUCUGCUGAGGAGCCCACCAGUCAUCGGGGCGGAGGCUCGGGAGGCUACCUGGAGCAUGUGUUCCGACACGCAGCCCAAGAGCUCUUUGGAAUCCAUGUGGCUGAAGUUACCUACCAACCCCUGAGGAACAAGGACUUCCAGGAAGUGACACUGGAGAGGGAAGGCCAGGUUCUGUUGCGCUUUGCUGUGGCCUAUGGCUUCCGCAACAUCCAGAACCUCGUGCAGAAGUUAAAACGAGGCCGCUGUCCCUACCAUUACGUGGAAGUAAUGGCCUGCCCUUCAGGCUGCUUGAAUGGAGGGGGCCAGCUCAAAGCUCCGGAUACAGAAGGCAAGGAACUCCUCCAGCAAGUGGAAAGACUGUACAGCAUGGUGAGGACUGAGGCGCCCGAAGAUGCACCUGGGGUCCAGGAGCUGUACCAGCAUUGGCUGCAAGGCGAGGACUCAGAGCAGGCCAGGCACCUGCUGCACACGCAAUACCAUGCUGUAGAGAAGACCAACGCAGGCCUCAGCAUCAGGUGGUAGGAGGCCCGGAGUCAAUGACAGCCCCAGGGGCCAGCACCAAGACUCCCAGGAAGACUGUGUGGGUAUCCGCAACAAAGCCCACACAGGACACACCAGAGACCCUCAAUUCAAGAAGAGUUCCAAAGAUGUGCUGGAUUCUGUGCUAUAGUGGGGCACUAGCUGCACAUGGGUCCUUGGAGCUAUAUGACCUGUGUCUCUGGCUGGUAAUGUUGCCUGAAGCCCGCAUACCUCCAAGGUCCAUACUGAAAUACGCAGGGUGAAGUACAGCCAGGAUCAGAAGUAGCCAAGUAGGUUCAAUGAGCUUCCAGAGUCUCUUCCAGUGGCCCAGGCCCAUGGACAUCUCUGCCCUGCCCUCUGGCUAUAGUUGUUUGAGUAUAAGGGGUUUCAUUUCUGUGGCUAACCCACAGAGCUAUAUAACACAUAGGGCAGGUAUCAGGCCUGAACCCAGUGGGGCACCCAGUGUUCUAAAAACUGGCUGUUUGCUAGGGCCUUGGGCUAUGGGCAAUCUGUCAGCACCAAGCCUUUAUGCCUGUGAGAACUCCAUAGCUGGGUCUCACCACUAAUAAACAGGCCUGCACCUCUG